CGAAAAUCUUCUAUCUUCUCUCUUCUAUCUUCUAUCUUCUAUCUUCUGGACUAACAUCCCAGGUGGACUCGAUUCUCAGUCGUGAAAAACGAAAUUCCGGGACCCUAUGUUUGUUCUUCAAUCCUCACGGUGGCUUUGUGAUUGACACCUAGAAAUUUCCCUCAAAGAUGGAAGCUCUGAGCUUUUGGUUCUUAAAAGGGGACUUCUCGGCAACCCCCUAUUGGGAAUUUGAUGUGGGAUAUUCUUGUAUUUCAAAAACAAGGAAAACAAAGAGAAGAUGGCCUGCUGGUAAUGCUGUGCGUCAGAGAAGAAGUUCCCAUCACUUGUUUGCUUCAAUUACUCAUCGACGUUGGGAUCCAAAAUGUGAUGCUUCAUACGGGUUUUUCACCAACCACUCGAAACUGAAUUUUGUUUCAGUUUGUGAACCAUCUAGAAUUUCGUCUUGUGCGUCUUUUGCCUUUGGUUCGGCAUUUGAACAACAAGAAAUUGGGAAGGAAUUCAGUGAAGAGUCUCCGAAUCCUAGAGAUAGUUUACUUAACAAAUCAGAUAAUGAGGAAGAAGGUUCUCUUGAUAUUGUUGAGGGAAAAGAUGGUGGGGUAUUUCCAAUCAAAGAAGGAGGAAGAGGAGAUUGUGAUUAUGAGAGAGUAGUUGAAGGGAAGAAUGCACGAAUUGAUGUCCGUGCAUUAGCUUGGAGCUUACGGUAUGCUAAAACCAUGGAAGAUAUAGACGAUGUUCUUAAAGAUUUUUCUGAACUGCCACUUCCUGUAUAUUCGUCAAUGAUCAGAGGUUUUGGCAAAGAAAAGAGAUUAGAGCCUGCUGUAGCUCUUGUAGAGUGGCUUAAGAGCAAGAAGGAGACCAAUGGUUUUUCUGGCCCAAACCUUUUCAUAUAUAAUAGUCUAUUGGGUGCAGUGAAACAAUCUGAGCAGUUUGGAGAAGUGGAGAAGGUCAUGGAAGAUAUUGCAGAGGAAGGAAUCCUUCCUAAUGUUGUCACUUACAACACUUUAAUGGCCAUUUAUUUAGAACAAGGACAGUGUCUUGAGGCCCUCAAUGUUCUGAAGGAGAUUGAAGAGAAGGGUUUAUCCCCAUCUCCAGUGUCCUAUUCAACAGCCUUGCAGGUUUAUAGAAAAAUGGAAGAUGGGAGUGGAGCCCUUGAUUUUUUUGUUGAAUUAAGAGAAAAAUAUCAAAAGGAGGCGAUAGGAAAAGAUGGAGACAAUGAUUGGGAAACUGAGUUCAUUAAUCUUGAGAACUUCACCAUUCGUAUUUGCUACCAAGUGAUGCGGCAGUGGCUUGUGAAGGGAGAUAACUCGAGCAGCAAUGCAUUGAAGCUUCUUACGGAAAUGAAUAAGGCUGGGAUGAGACCUGGACGGGCUGAACAUGAGCGCCUUGCAUGGGCAUGUACGCUUGAAGGUCAUUAUAUGGUGGCAAAGGAGUUGUAUAAUAGGAUAAGAGAGGAGGAGUCUGAUAUCAGUUUAUCUGUUUGCAACCAUAUAAUAUGGGUGAUGGGCAAGGCUAAGAAAUGGUGGGCUGCUUUGGAGAUUUAUGAAGAUUUGUUGGAUAAGGGACCAAAGCCAAAUAACCUGUCACAUGAAUUAAUUGUUUCACACUUCAACUUUCUACUCACUGCAGCUAGGAGAAAAGGUAUUUGGAGAUGGGGUAUUAGGUUGCUUAACAAGAUGGAAGAGAAAGGCCUAAAGCCAGGAAGUAGGGAGUGGAAUUCAGUUCUUGUAGCUUGUUCCAAAGCAUCAGAAACUUCAGCUGCAGUACAGAUAUUUAGGAGGAUGGUAGAGCAAGGUGAAAAACCUACAAUUGUUUCAUAUGGAGCAUUGCUUAGUGCCCUUGAGAAAGGGAAACUCUAUGAUGAGGCCCUCCAAGUAUGGGAACAUAUGCUUAAAGUGGGUGUUGUGCCAAACUUGUAUGCAUUUACAAUUAUGGCAUCAAUUUACGCUGGACAAGGAAGGUCUGAGAUGGUAGAUUCCAUCAUCCGAGAUAUGGUUUCAUCUGGUAUUGAACCAACUGUUGUUACUUUUAAUGCGAUUAUCAGUGGGUGUGCACGGAACAGCAUGGGAAGUACUGCAUUUGAAUGGUUCCACCGGAUGAAAGUUUUGAAUUUCUCACCAAAUGAGAUAACAUAUGAAAUGCUGAUUGAGGCUCUCGCGAAAGAUGCUAAGCCAAAACUUGCAUAUGAGCUGUAUUUGAGGGCUAACAGUGAGGGAUUUCACCUUUCUUCGAAAGCUUAUGAUGCUGUCAUUUACUCCUCAAGAUAUCACGGGGAAAAUAUAGAUGAAAGCAUCUUAGGACCCCGUCCUGCAGAGAAGAAGAAAAAUGUGAAGAUUAGGAAGACUUUGUCAGAGUUCUGUAACUUGGCAGAUGUUCCUAGAAGAUGUAAACCAUUUGAAAGAGAGGAACUUUAUACUCAACAAACACAUGAAAACUAAUAAAUAAAGUUUGAAAGAGGGGGGGGGGGUUGAGAGGGAUCUACAUGCUUGCCUGCACAGUGUUGGGCAUCAUCCGCCACACCAAGCCAAUGGGUGCACGGGGGGCAUGCCUCAAGGUUCGUAUACAGUGGGGACCCACAUGGUCAGGGAGGACAGAGAAUGUGCGAGAGCGUGUACUACUGGAAUUUUGUACAUCAUUUUCCCAUAAAAUGGUAUUGUGUCAAAGGUCUAUGCUGUAUGAUAUUGGAAUUCUUUCCUUUCAUCCCUACAUUUUUGUAGAGUAGGGGAAUCUGAUAUCAUAUUAUGUUGUAAGGUCGCCCCUAAUUCAAAUAAUUUGUUGCUUUAUUGACCUUGUAAAAUUUUUUUUCAUGUUCACUUCUAGGAAAAUACAGAUGGAUAUGGUCAUAGAUCUCUGAUGACGAAACCAUGUAUUUUGAAACAGAGUGAGACAUUGCUGCGAGGGUAGUGAACAUUGUUCAUUGAACUAUCAUACAACAUAUCCAUUGAGUUGAUAUCUGAUUCAAGCUUUAA